GAUUAAUUGACAGAGAAAAAAAAAAACAAAAGGGAAAAGAAAAGCCCGCCUUCCUAGCUUGCUUGGGUGUUAACUAACAAACUAAAAAGGAAGGCAAAAUAAAAUACAUUUCCUGAAAUCUCAAAGCGCCACCACACCUCUCCCUUCCAUAUACAACACGCGCGUCUGUAUAUAGCAUAGCACCUCGCACACCAUCAUAUAUGUAAAUCGCAAUCUCUGAACGCCGUUUCAUCAUCUUCUUAAUGACGUUUCAUCGAAGAUCCAGCAGAUCCGAUAACAGAAUAGUAAAGGAAAUGACAGGGGAGGUGAUUUUGAGGAGUGAAGAAAGUGACAAGGGGAAAGGAAUGGAUCUGGAGACGUCAGAGGACGAGAAGCAGCAGCAGCAUCAGCGAAGGAAGAAGGUUAGAUCUUUGAGGAAAAAGGCAAUGAGUGCAUCCACUAAGCUCACGCAUACGCUAAGGAAGCGUGGGAAGCGUGUUGCUGAUUGCAGGUAUGCUGCGAUUACUAUCAAUGAUGUUAGAGAUGCAAAGGAGGAAGAGGCUGUCAAUGCAUUUCGCCUCGUGUUGAUCUCCAAAGACCUUCUUCCCCCUCGACAUGAUGAUUACCACACUUUAUUGAGGUUUUUGAAAGCAAGGAAAUUUGACCUUGAUAAAACGGUGCUGAUGUGGUCAGAAAUGCUCAACUGGAGAAGAGAGUACGGGGUAGAUUCGAUAAUACAGGAUUUUGUAUACGAUGAAUAUGAAGAGGUUCAAAGUUAUUAUCCUCAUGGUUACCAUGGUGUAGACAAAGCGGGUCGACCUGUUUAUAUUGAAAGAACUGGCAAAAUUGAACCAAGCAAGUUAAUGAGAGUUACCACAGUGGAGAGAUUUUUGAAAUAUCAUGUCCAGGGGUUUGAGAAGGCUUUCACUGAGAAAUUCCCUGCAUGUUCUAUAGCAGCUAAGAGGCACAUAGAUUCUACAAUAACAAUUUUGGACGUCCAUGGGCUGAACUGGAUGAGCUUCGGCAAGGUUGCUCAUGAUCUAGUUAUGCACAUGCAAAAAAUUGAUGGUGACAACUAUCCUGAGACACUACAUCAGAUGUUCAUUGUUAACGCUGGUAGUGGAUUCAAACUGCUAUGGAACACAGCAAAAGGCUUUCUUGACCCGAAGACUACUGCGAAGAUAAAUGUUCUAGGCAACAAGUUCCAAAAUAAGUUGUUGGAAGUUAUAGACUCAAGCCAACUUCCUGAAUUUCUUGGUGGAACCUGCUCAUGCCCAAAUGAAGGUGGUUGCCUAAGAUCCGACAAUGGCCCGUGGAAGGAUCCAGAAAUAAUGAAAUUGGUACAUGCUGGAGAAGCAAUAUAUUUGAGAAAAAUGAAUAGUUCUUUUGAUGAAGACGAUUUUGAAAUCAAGUUGUUUGCUUCCAAGGUUUCAAGAAGUGAAAUCUGCUCUGCUGAUUCAUGCUCGGACACGAGGCCAAAUGCCUCUGACUUCAUUCAACCAUUGCCACUUUCAGAUGAAGGAAGGAUGGGUGAUUCUGCUUCUGUCCACAGCUUGGUUGAAAACAAUGCUACCAGAGUCAAAGAUACUAGUUCAAUGAAUGAUUCAGCUAAUGAUGUUACUCCAAGAAUGCUGCUGAAGAAAUUUAUUCCUCAAACAGCAAGCCUUUUGGUGCAGUUUGUGCUCAACUUGUUACUAUGGAUGUAUCUUAAACUCCCAGGGACAGGGAGAGCUCUUUCAUCACAAAGAGACAGUCAACUGCAAAACCAGCGUGACUCACUAUUGGAAGAUUCAAGUUCUCAAGUGCAAGGUGUUUCGCAGGAAAUAAAAGAAGAACCGCUUCAUCCGUGCUGGCAGAGACUGCAAAAUUUAGAAACAAUGGUUAAUGAGCUAGGUAGCAAGCCAACCAGAAUUCCUCCUGAGAAAGAGGACAUGCUUCUUGAGUCAUUGAGUCGCAUUAAAUGUAUAGAGCAUGAUCUACAGAAGACAAAGAAAGCACUACUCGCAACUGCAUCGAGACAAGUGGAGCUCGCAGAAUCACUGGAGAGUCUAAAGGGAAACAGCUUAGCUGGAGCAGCAAACUCUUGUUGGCCAAGAAAUUGCAAGUACUUUCCUCCAGAAAGAUAGCUGCAUUUUGUUGAAAAGUGAAGUUUGCUGAUAAUUAUGAUGCAAUGCUUGAUGAUUCUUAAGAAUACAGUGACUGCUAGGUACGAAUUACCUCAGCGGAUUCAAAUGGAGUCUCUGCAAUACAUCACCUCAUCUCUGUCUGUCCAUGGGUUUACCCUCCACAGAAACAGAACGCUGCUCUUCACCCAGCCAUGAAGAUAUCAAAUUCUUUCAGAUAGGUUUGCCGACGCCCUCGCACCUGUACAAUGCUCCUCAUGUUUUUUUUCUGUACAUAGCAUGAAAACAUUAUUUCUUCGUUUCCUCAAGUUGAUACGGUAGAUUACUCAUUACUCAAUUACAUUUAGUAUUGAAUACUCAUUUUGGAAAUAGAGGCAAGAUGGAUGUAUUACAGAAAUUUUACCCUGAGGCAAUUUCGAAAUACCAUUAUACCUUUUUGACAUGAA